AUGGCCCUCAGAGAUUACAUGUAUGCAAAACAUAUAGACAGAGACAUUGUUAACAAAAUAAAUACCACUGGAGAACAACCUCGUACUCCGAUUGAGCAUAAACCUAAAACAUUUAGAGUGGUUCAUAGAUCCAAAUCUCCAAAAGGUCGUAAAUCCAUCCAACAACAACAAUUACAAGAAAUCACAUCCAAAAAAACUACUAUAUUAUCAUCUGUGCACCCAUUGGCUGAUUCAAACACUCAUGAAGAACCACAUUGUACUCCAUCUACAUGUCGUAACUGUCCCUCUUGUGACCACAAAAAGAGUCACGUGACACGGAAGGAUGAAGAACUAGAAUCAAAUUUGGCUACGAUUCCAAUCAUAUAUCAAGAAGAAGUUGCAGGUACAACUUCGAUUCAAAAUCACUUUAAAGAAAUGAAAUUAGAUGAAAUAGAUUUCACUCAUAUAUAUUAG